AUGAACUCCUCUCGUGCUAUUGCAGUUAAGUACGAAGCACGUCUUGAUGAUGGAACGCUUGUAAAAAAAUCUGAUGGGGUGGAGUUCACAGUGAAGGAUGGUCAUUUUUGUCUUGCAUUGUCAAAGGCUGUUAAAACCAUGAAGAAGGGAGAGAAAGCGAUUUUGACUGUGAAGCCCCAACAUGGAUUUCGUUACAUGGGAAAGCCAGCUCACGGCAAUGAAGGUUCAGUUCCACCUAAUGCAACGUCGUUGCAGAUUACUCUUGAGUUGGUUUCUUGGAAGACUGUUUCUGGAGUAAUCUUUGAUAAGAAGGUCGUCAAGGAAGGAGAAGGAUAUAAGUGUAAUGAGGGAGCUGUUGUGAAAUUGAAACUAAUUGGUAAGCUGCAAGAUGGCACUGUAUUUUUUAAGAAGGGCUACAAUGAUGGUGAAUCAGAGCUGUUUGAAUUUAAAACAGACGACGGUAAUUUGAAUUUUUCCAAUGUUUCACCCUCACAUUAA